UCAGUCGCAAACAAUUGCUAUUUAAUGUUCGUCCAUUGAGCCACAAGUUUCAUUUACUGCAACCAACUGCUCGUGAUUUAGUGUUGUGCUACCUGUAGAAGCUUUCUCACAAUGUUUCGUUUUGUUUUGCUGACACUAGCCUACCUGUGCAUCACCUGUGGCGCUACCCCAGUCAAAGAAUGUAAAAAUAUACCAUUGCCCCUAAGCGUUGACAUCGCAGACUGCGAAGUCCCGCCCUGUGUAGUCUACAAAGGUCAAUUUGCUGUUAUGGAUGUCCAAUUCCUGGGUGAUAAAAACAAUAUUGCGACCAUUACGACAAAAGUGACAGCAAAAGUCUUUGGCAUGAAUUUGCCAUACGAUCUGCCCGAGGAGAUAUCCAAUGUGUGCCAAAAUCUCCUGUACGGAGCCAUGUGCCCCAUUGACAAAGGCGAGGAUGUUACGUACAGAUUUAAUUUUUAUGUGGAGCCCGUAUUUCCCGAAAUUACGGCCGACGUUACCGUCUCACUUAACGAUGCCGAUGACAAUACAAUUAGCUGUUUUAUGGUCAGCUGUAAGAUCCGCAAGGGCGCAUCAUCGCGACUCGAGCUAGAACCGAUCGUAGCAGAUACAUCGAUUGUGUAGAGCAGCUGUACUAUACUACUCGGCGCUUCUGGGCUAACUGAUUUGACCAUUUGGUCGUCUGUUCACAUUCUUGUCAAAUAAAUAUCGAAUGCUUUACUUUGUUUACCGAAAUCGACGUCAUUGUUCUGUUU